GGAUCCGGGCCAGGCUGCCUUGGUACGGGGGAAAUGUAUCGGUGAUGGGGACAAAUUGCAAUAAUGCGUAUAUGGAAAGAUAAAUAAAUGGCCGUGGUUUUGACCCAGGUGAGAUGGAGCAGAUACAGCCCUAUGUACCUGGAUCCAGAGCCAAAAAAGGAUAAGUACAGCCGGCCGCUGGAGGAGCUGAGUGAAGAGGAAAAAGCAGAACAGGAUCUGAAAGUGGUCAGUCCCAUCAAGGCAGCUCCACCUAACGUAAGCAGCUCCCUCUUCAGCGACCCAACAAUCAGUAAAUUCACCAACAUGAUGAUGAAAGGAGGAAACAAGAUUCUGGCACGUUCCAUCAUAAAUAAUACUUUGGAGGAGAUCAAGAGAAUCCAGUUGGGGAAAUAUUACAAAGCAUCUGAGGAGGAGAGGAGCAGUAUUGAGUGUAACCCGUAUACCAUCUUUCACCAGGCGCUAAGUAACUGCCAGCCUAUUAUUGGCCUCACAAAUGUCUUAAAAGGAGGCAAAUCUUACCAGGUCCCCACACCACUAACAGAGAACAGGCGGCGCUUCAUGUCCAUGAAAUGGUUAAUUACAGAGUGUCGGGAUAACAAGCACCGUCGGACUCUGAUGUAUGAGAAGCUGUCGCAGGCGUUAUUGGAGGCGUACCAUGGUCAAGGAGAGGUGGUCAAGAAAAAGCAUGAUCUGCACAAAAUGGCCGAAGCCAACCGAGCUUUUGCACACUUUCGAUGGUGGUAGGAACCAGUCUGUGAACCUCCUCUGCAACAGAACUAUAGGACUCGGGAGCUCUUCUUGAGCUGGUUAUGGAACAAAAGUGUUUUCCCCCCUGGAUUAUUUGAAGAAAAAAACAAAUCCCCCAGACUUCUCUCUUUUUAGCCAGCAUCUUGUUAACUCUGAGUAACACCCCCUUUAAUGCCAGAUGUUGGUAGAAAUAUUCAAGAUGCAGUUGAGGUCACAAAUUUUUUUUUUAUUUUUUACACCUCUGUGAACUGUAAAUACACAUUUUCUGCAAAUUGUUCAUUUCGCUGAGUAAAACUCCUUAUUCUUUACACACCUUAA